AUGGAUCUAGACCUUGCAUUAAGGAUUAAGAAACCCCCUUCUCCUACGGAUUCCAGUACCUCUGAACAGAGAAAACUUCAUGAGAAGUGGGAUCACUCAAAUCGCGUUAGUCCUAUGAUCAUUAAGCGUGACAUUCCUGAGGUCUUUAGGGGCAUUAUUUCAGAUGAUAUAACUAGUGCCAAAGAAUUCCUUGUUGAAAUUGAAAAGCGCUCUGCAAAAAGCGAUAAGGCGGAAACAAGUACUCUCCUUCAGAACUUGAUUUCCAUGAAGUAUCAAGGCAAAGGAAAUGUCAGGGAAUACAUUAUGGGAAUGUCAAAUAUUGCUUCAAAAUUAAGGGCACUAAAGCUUGAGCUAUCAAAAGACUUGUUUAUUCGUUUAGUGUUGAUUUAUCUAUCUUCACAGUUUAGUCAAUUUAAGAUCUCUUACUGCGGUCAGAAGGAUAAAUGGUCUCUUAAUGAGCUCAUUUCAUACUGUGUGCAAGAAGAGGAAAGGCUGAAGCAAAAAAGGGACUGA